AUGAGAUCGGCUCUCAAAUGCUGCAAGGAGAGAGGGAUAAAAACACUUCACUGCCUCUCGGACUCUGCUCAGCUCAUCAAGGCAGUCAACAAUGGUGAAUCUUAUCCAGAGCUUUAUGGAAUUGUUUCUGAUGUUAUUGCAAUUUCUUGUUUUUUCGAUGAACUCUCUUUCUCUUGGGUAUCAAGAGAGAGGAACAGAGAGGCUGAUAGCCUAGCCAAACUUUGUAUGGUUGAGGCAGAAGCUGUAAUGGCUGGAACCUAA